UGUCAACAACAAUUCUCAACAAAGUUUACCUUCGCACGGACAAGGAUCGAAAUCGAAGACUUGCUUGUUUCAGAUCCAUGAUGUUGUCUUGUUUCAACUUUCAAGUUUCCUUGUUCAGAAAUUCAAUUCAACAUAAAAUUGUUAUGAUUCUUGAUUGACAUUCCUUCAACCAGCAACAACCUCCGUUCCUUUCGAUUUUCAGAUAUCAAACCGCAUUUGACACUUUUGAUGGACACUCUUCUCUCUCUUCUUUUUCUUCUUUUCUUUCUCUCUCCAACUGUUUCUUCUGAAACCAUUAUCAAUUUUCAUCAACCAUUUCCCAUUGUCGAACCUGAUCCUGGUCAUACAAAACUUCGUCUAUCACAGGACGGCUUGGAGGCUAUCGAGAGAAUAACAAACCCCAUUGCAUCUGUGGCAGUAAUUGGACCGUACCGCUCCGGAAAGUCUUUUUUGCUUAAUCAACUUCUCUCUCUUUCUUGUUAUGAAGGGUUUGGUGUGGGACACAUGCGUGACACGAAAACAAAAGGAAUAUGGAUUUGGGGAACACCUAUAGAUUUGGAAAUUGAUGGAGUAAAAACUUCAGUCUUUUACAUUGAUACAGAAGGAUUUGAAAGCAUUGGGAAGUCGAAUGUAUAUGAUGAUCGGAUAUUUGCUCUGGCCACUGUAAUUAGUUCUGUGCUUAUCUAUAAUCUGCCUGAGACGAUACGCGAAGCUGACAUCUCUAGACUCUCUUUUGCGGUUGAGCUCGCUGAAGAAUUUUAUGGAAGAGUGAAGGGCCAGGAUGUUGCAUUUGAACCUGCCAAGCUCUUGUGGCUUAUCCAACGUGAUUUUCUGCAAGGGAAAUCGGUGCAACAAAUGGUGGAUGAAGCUCUUCGACAAGUCCCUAAUAAAGAUAGAGACAGAAAUAUUGAUAUGAUCAAUCAAAUCCGGGAUUCAUUGGCUAUUAUGGGUGACAAUAGUACGGCCUUUAGCUUACCACAACCACAUCUCCAGCGGACAAAGCUUUGUGACUUGAAGGAUGGGGAGCUCGAUCCAUCAUAUGUGAAGAAAAGGGAGAAGCUAAAAGAGCUUGUUUCUAGUAUAAUCCGUCCAAAGAUUGUACAAGGAAAAUCUCUAAAUGGGAAAGAGUUUGUUUCCUUCCUGAAGCAGAUACUUGAAGCCUUGAACAAGGGAGAGAUUCCAUCAACAGGUUCUCUUGUGGAGAUUUUCAACAAGGACAUUCUUGAAAGAUGUCUUAAGUUAUACAGUGAAAAGAUGGCCACAUUGGCUCUACCUCUUCCAGAAGGAUAUCUUCAAGCUUCCCAUGACAUGGCUAGAGGUGACGCCAUGCAAGCAUUCGAUCAGCAACAUUUUGGCCGUCACCAUGCUAAGAAGUCAGUCACGCAACUGGAUGAAGAAAUAGAUAAGGUAUUUAAGAAUGUCAUUUUACAAAAUGAAUAUAAAUCUUCAAAGCUUUGCGAGGCACUGUACACCGAUUGCGAGGACAUGAUGGACCAGCUUCAAGUUCUCAAGCUUCCUUCAAUGGCAAAAUUUAAUGCAGGUCUCGAGAAAUGCAAUCGUACUUUUGAGCAUGAUUGUGUUGGACCUUCAAAAGCAAACUACGAGGGACGUAUGGCAAAGAUGUUGGUAAAGUCUAAGUCUCUAUUUAUAAAGGAGUACAACCACAGGCUUUUCAAUUGGUUGGUGGCUUUCUCCCUCGUCACUGUUGUGGUUGGCCGGUUUAUUAUAAAGUUCAUUUUGAUUGAAAUUGGAGGAUGGUUACUUUUUAUAUUUCUGGAGACCUACACAAGGUUGUUUUGGUCAGCAGAGUCACUUUACUACAAUCCAGUUUGGCAUUUUAUAGUUGCAUCGUGGGAAACUCUUGUUUACAGCCCAGUCCUUGAUCUUGACAGAUGGGCUAUCCCACUUGGUGUAAUAAUAUCUUUUUUCAUUCUAUAUUGGCGGUGUUAUGGGAAAAAGAAACAUGGAUCACGGUGGCUAUUACCAUUAUAUAGCAGCAAUAAAAAUAGACCAAGAACAGACUAAAACUUAUGAUGAUUCAGUUGGAGCCAUUUUGUUCAUCACUCCGAUAUUCCUUUGGGCGAGCCUUUUCAUUUUUGUACAUGGAGCAAGCCUGCAUGCACGUACCUAGUUUUGUUGCAAGCACACAGUGUCAAAUGGUGAUCAGAGGGUGAAUCAUCUCCCACACAGCUUCUGUGGCUUGAUCUCUGCAGCCACAGUAUCAUGUUGAUUUUACCAAUGAAUUAUUACUUUACCGUAAUUUAUGUCACAUUUUAGAGUAAAUUGGAAUUUUGAUACAUGUAUGUGCUGAGCCACUGUCGUGUAUUGACAUGUAGACGGGUAAAUAUAUAUAACACGAAAAAGAAAUAGAUUUAUUCUUUUGUUUUCAUUUUGGGAGUCUUCAUUUGUUCUAAGAUGAGGGCUAUAAUGUAACAAAAAAAAAAGGAGGGCUAGAAAGAUUCAUUUUUCAACACUUACUCUCUUAUUAGAUAAAUCAAUGUGAGUUUCAUA